GAAAGCAAUAAACCUUUUUUCAGAUAUUUCUCUUUCUUUUUCAGUUUUUAACAUGGUAUCAGAGUUAUAAGCUCUUGGUUCUUUUCUCUUAUCAUCGUUGUUGGGUUUUUUGGAGUUGGAUUUUCAAUUUCAUUCCAAAUCUGAAACUUUGUCAUUAGGAUCUCUUCUCAUACAGAUUAGAUUGUUUAUCCUCGAUUCUCAAACCCUUUCUGAGGUAUUUUGUUGGUUUGUUAUUUCGAUCUUGGCAUCUAUUUCUCUAUAUUUUUAGAGUUUUUCAGUAUUGUGAGUUUACUGAUUCUAUGACGAGUUUUGAAAGGAUUGUAACUCAUCCUGCUACUGCUACGGUUGCCAAAGAAGUGAUAGAACAACCUAAUGUCAACAUUGAAUCCCUAAAACAGGUGAUAUUAAAUCUUUUUAAUGCUUAUACUGCCUUAUCUAUUGCUCCGGGCACCAAACCUUGGACCCACGGACAAAACAACUUCUUGGAACCAGUCGCAAGGUGGGGCGUUUGUUUCAACUCAACUAUGCAUAUUCCUGAUAAUAAAAUGGAUACACCAUCAUUUCCAAAUGAUCAAUUCAUCCAAACCCUGCUUUGUGCUAUUGAAUUAGAGUCUUUGCAAAUUCCAUAUCAACAAAUCUUCCAAGUCUGUGCUGCUACUAACAUUUCUCCUCUCCAUUUGUGGCACUCACGACUUGAACAUACCUCUGUUGGUAAAUUUCGUCCACUUAUCUCUCGUGGUUUAUUAGGAUCAGUUCCGAAUGAAUCAGGCCAUCAUGUUGCACAGGGAACUGUUCAUUUGGUUUUCAUUGGCUCCGCUGAUCAACCAGCAGAUCUCUUUACCAAGGCUCAUUUUCCUGGACGCUUUCGUACUCUUCUUUUUCCAAACUCAAGUUGGUUUCAUCACAACCACCUUGAGUUUGAGGAGGGAUGUUAAGAUGUGAACAUAAUUAUAUUUAGAAUUAUUGUAAAUAUUUUAUACUUUAAAAUAUUCUGUUUGUAUACUUUAUACCUUAUAAUAUUCUCUUUGUAAACACCUAUAUAUAGGUCAUUGUACAUACAGUAUAAUUCAAGAAAGCAAUAAAUCUGAAGAAGGCAAUAAACCUUUCUUCAGAUA